GUUUUAGGCAAAAAUGAAUUCGCCAUCAGAUGAUGGACAAUAUACAGAUACUGAUAGAGAGGAAGGUGCAAUCGAUGAUGAUAGGAAGAGCUCAGAAGGCAGCACUUCUAUCGAACGGCCACCUGUUUCUUGCAAUAGUUCGGAUCCGAAUGGUCAUAAUAUAAAAGUGGGAAAAAGAUGUCAGGAAAAUUCAUCAGCUUCAUCGAGUGAUGUUGAAGGUGAAGAAGCUCGAUUACGCCAAAAGCUGCUAGAAAGGCGUAGUGUGCUGAACAGUUCUUCAGCAUUGAAGCGUGAAGUUAUCGAAGUAGAGCGUGGUAGUACAUCAUCGGUUUCCGUCACGAUUACCAAUAUCGAUAAGAAAUCGAAGUCAAAAAUACGAUCGAUAUCUCCUAAAACGAAAAAGUCAUUGAAACUAACGCCCAAUAUAAAUGGCUCCAGUGAUGAUGAAGAGAUGUUUUCCAUACAGCCUAAAGAACCGGCUGUAAAGCAGCGCAGUCAUUCCGCCCGUCCUCAUGAGUAUAGGGAACGUGAACGCGGAGGACUCAGUGAUAAGAUCAGAAAGCCGGAAAAAACGAGAGAUGAGAAACACUGGCACAAGGAACGAAAACAUGACAAGCACACUCAUGGUGAUUAUUCCAACAGAGAUUAUGAUUCUCGAGAGACCCAUAAACGUCACAUCUCUGGCAAACAUCAACAGUCGCGGGAACAUGAAUCACGGCUUGCUGGGCGUGUAGUUUUACCCGAUUCAAAAUUGACACAGAAACCUUCAUCUGUAAAAAUGUCUUACAAAGAACGUGAAAAUCACGGUGAACUCAAAGCAGAACGAUUACAUCAUGCAAAAGAUGCAAGUAAAGGUCGGUCUCCACGUAAACGUGAAGGUAACACAAGUCCCAAACGAGCUGGUGUUGCUUUAGAAGGAGAAGUAUCAUCAAAAAAAAUGCAUAUGGAAAAAGUUGAUGGAACCGAUGUGACAGUAACAAACGCGAAUGACAAUGCAGGGAAAACAGAAAAGACAGUACCUGAGGUAUAUGCUGAAAUACACAGUAAUAAGUUUGAUCAAGCGACUAGUACAGAUGAAAUGGAUGAUGAGCAACCAUCGGUUUCACAAAAAGCUACGCCAAUGGGUCCAUCAAAGUACUCAAAGUUCGAUAGUGAUCCAGAAGAUGAGCAAGAAGAAAAGGACGAAGCCAAACAUUCUGGUGUAAACGACAAGACAGAAAUGGUUGUGGAUAGUGCUUCGGAUGCGCAAAGUGACGUAAUUUUACGUGAUUUGGAUGAGGAUAGCAUGGAUUUGCUCGAUUUUGAUGAGGAACGGAUGGCAAGUUUGUCGCCAGAAACACGAACCAGACUCGAAGAGGAGCAGCAAAAGAGGCUAAUAGCUAGGUUGCCUGUUUAUUAUCCUGGUAUUAGUGGAUGCCGAAACGUUGCAGAAUUUGAAUGUUUGAACCGCAUUGAAGAAGGCACUUUUGGUGUUGUUUAUCGUGCUAAGGAGAAAAAAACAGAUGAAAUAGUUGCACUAAAGCGUUUAAAGAUGGAAAAAGAAAAGGAAGGCUUCCCAAUUACAUCGCUUCGUGAAAUUAACAUGCUUCUGAAAGCUGGCAAUCAUCCAAACAUUGUUAAUGUUCGAGAAAUAGUGAUUGGUUCGAAUAUGGACAAAAUUUACUUGGUCAUGGAAUAUGUUGAACAUGAUAUGAAAAGCCUCAUGGACACUAUGCACUCGCGUGGAAAGCGUUUCAGGACAGGCGAAGUGAAAACUUUACUUCAUCAACUGCUUUCCGGUGUUGCACACAUGCAUGAUGAAUGGAUUUUGCAUCGAGAUUUAAAAACAUCAAACCUUCUUUUGUCACAUAAAGGAAUCCUAAAGAUCGGCGAUUUUGGCUUGUCACGAGAAUUUGGGGAUCCUUUGAAACCGUAUACACCGAUUGUUGUUACACUGUGGUAUAGAGCUCCGGAAUUAUUGCUGGGUGUUAAGGAGUAUUCAACAGCUGUCGAUAUGUGGUCUUGCGGUUGUAUUUUUGCUGAAUUCCUAAAAUUAAAACCAUUGUUUCCUGGAAAGGGUGAAAUGGAUCAAAUUAAUAAAAUCUUCACUGAUCUCGGGACUCCGGAUGAUAAACUCUGGCCUGGAUAUAGCAGCCUUCCCGGUCCAAGAAAAACGACUUUUGAGCAUCACCAUUCAGGAGAAUUAGAGAAGAAAUUUCCGACAAGUUUGGUCGAUGAGAGAGGAUUAGAAUUCAUUAAAGAAUUACUGACCUAUAACCCAACUAAACGAAUUUCUGCUCAUGAAGCUUUGGCUCAUGAUUGGUUUGAGCGUUAUCCACCACCCACACCGCCGGAAAUGUUCCCAACAUGGCCAGCAAAAAGUGAAUUGGGUAAAUCGAUCGUAAAGACACCGAUUACAAAAUCUUCAUCUAAAGAAAUGCAAAACGCGAAGUUGUACAAAGAGCUAAAAGUCGAGCCGAAGAAAGAAGCAUCAACAAGUUUUGCGUUAAAGUUUGAUGUAGCUGCAAAGUUCAGCAAAUGAUAUAAUGAUUGGUUCAUAUCAGUCUUUUCAUGUAUAUUUCGAAUUGAUGUGAAAUAUGUAUUGAUCUGUAAACGUCCUUUAUGAAAAUUCUAAAGCUGUUUCCUUUUUUUACACCCUAUUUAAACUGAGUAAAAUACGAGAAGUAAGAAAUGCUCAAAUGCACGAUUAAUUGAGUAGUACUAACACAAAGGAGUGCAGAAUUUCCG